AUGUCAAAUUUAAACCACAAUCAAGACGACCAAAAUACCAAUUUCAUGAGUUCUGCCAGCAAGAAUACUCCCAUAAAACGCAAAGAUGAAAAAAGUUUCAUGAAUUCUGCCAGCAAGAAUACUCCCAUAAAACGCAAAGAAGAUGAAAAAAGUUUCAUGAGUUCUGCCAGUAAGCAUACUCCAAUGAAACGUAAAAAAAUUGAGAAAAAAGAUGAAAAAUUUUUGAACAAAAAUAUGCUUACUCCUGAAAUUUGCAUUGAAGUUUCUCUUUACUUUAAUGUCAAUCCUACAGACCAAAUUCAUCACGUGGAUAACGUGGCGUCUGAAUCUGACUUGGACAAAUCAACCAGCCACGUACCGCAGGAAGAAACCAGUUACACGUCAGAUAAUUCUGUGAGCUACACGGGCAUUGCCAAAGUUAUUUAUACUGCUCAUAUUGUUCGCAUCUAA